AUGUCUAGCCUAGCUCCAACACAGCGCGCGUGGAUGAAGCAGGUCCGGGAGAUCGCCUACGUCGCCCACGACUGCAUCGAGCUCUACAACAUGUACUGCACCACCCCGCCCCGCGACGGCUUCUGGGCCCUCGCCACCUUCGUACCCAACUACGUGCACGCCUACCUGCAGCGCCGCCGCUUCUCCAUCAAGAUCCAGGAGCUCAGGGACCGGGCCAAGGACGUCGGCGAGCGCCGGGAGCGCUACGGGGUCACCGUACCGUCCGCGGGGGCGGAGCGCGAGAGGUGGCGCGGCGGCGGCGGCGACGGCGAGGAGAGAGAACAGUUCCUCAGCGCGUUGCUGCAGCCCACCGGCGAGGAGGGCCCCUCCUCCUCUUUGCCUUUCGUCUCCGCUCUACGGAGAUGGGUGUCUCCUCCUGAUGCGCCAUUCGACAAGGCCAUCAGCUUGCUCCCGAUUGACCUUGCGACUGACGCUCGCAAGAUACACAGAGGUCUCGGUCUCCUCAAGCCCAAGGCGGCCGCGGCCGCCGGCACUGACGCGGACACCGCCGCCGACGUCUGCAUGGGGAUGGUUCUCCGUGCUCUCCAUGCUUUCCGGCAAGGCCCUGCCGGAGACAUGCGAGAGCUGCAGAAGCUCGCGGCGGCCGCGGAGGACGACGCAGCCGCGGACCUCCCCAAGCGAGCGCUGACCUUCUGCUACAGCGAGCUGUCCACGGAGGAGAAGGGUUGCCUGCAGUACCUGGCCGCUUUCAACCGCGAGAAGAGCAUCAGCAGGACAAGCUUGGUCCGGCGGUGCGCCGCCGAGCGCCUCGUGAGCGACGACAAGGAGAAGGAACAGACCGUGGAGCAGCGAGCCGAGCGCUGCUUCGACGAGCUCCUCUUCCGGGGCUUCGUCUCCUCCGGCGCCGUCAUCGGCGCCGCCGGCAAGGUGAAGAGCUGCCGUAUCAGCAACGUGUUGGUCAAGAAAUUCAUCGAGGACAUGUGCAAGCAGGAGAACUCCCAGGGGCACGGCUUGCCGACGCACCUUCAGAUCCAGAUCAAGAUCCGCGACGCGACGUUGCCGGCGGCCCACCUCCCUUCGUCAUCCAUCAUGCCGCUGCCGCGACACAAGGAUGACGCCAUCGACAAGAUGCUGCGAGAGCUGAAGCAACUCCCGAACACCUACCGGCUCAACGUGAUUGAUCUCGGAGGCUGCGUGGCGAUACUGAACCGGAGCCACCUGAGGAGAAUCUGCAAGCAGGCGCCGACGAUCAAGUACCUGAGCCUCCGGAACACGGACGUUGAUCACCUGCCCCAUCAGCUCCAGGGGCUCCGGCUGCUGGAGACGCUGGACAUCCGGCAGACCAACAUCCACGGCUCCCACACGAGGAACGUCUUUCCGAGCAGCCUCAAGCAUCUUCUUGCCGGGAACGUCGACUCCGAUGUCACCGUGAUGAUGCCUGCCAAUGCCAGGGAAAUGGCCAACCUGGAGAUACUCUCCCAAGUCCGAAUUUGUUGGCGCAGAGAUCUGAGGAAAAUCGAGUACCAUCCAAAGCUGCGGAAGCUUGGCGUUGUGCUGGUCCCAGGGGACGAGCACGCCGUCAAGGAUUUGCUCCUGGUGAUCUGCAGGCUGAGCGGAUGCCUGCACUCCCUGUCAGUGAGGGUGGCAACUCCCCCCAUCAAUGGCAGGCCAACCCUGGAGGCCACCGACGGCACCUUGUCCCCGCUCCCCUCGAACCUGGUGAGCCUGAGGAUAGACGGCAUGCGGAGCUCCGGGAUGCCCAGCUGGGUGGAGAGGCUCAAGAAGCUGAACAAGAUCACGCUGUGCAACACCCUGCUGACGGAUGAGAAGCUGGACGCCCUCGCCGGCCUCCCGGCCCUGGUCUACCUCAGGCUCCGCCGCAGGUCGUACAGCGGCGGCGAGCUCGCCUUGAGGAAGAGGCCAGGCGGCGGCGGGUUCCCGGCCCUCAAGUUCCUCCGGAUCGAGGGCGUCACCGUCAUCACCGAGCUCACCUUCGAGGAGGACGCCGCGCCGGCGCUCGAGACGAUCGCCUGGUCCUCGGCGGAGCCCGCCACUAGCUACGACGCCGUCGUGGCCGUCCCGGUUACCCUGACUAGGGUUGAAAACCUUCCCAAGCUGAAGGUGGGGGAGCUCACAGGCCUACGCGAGCAUAGCUGGCCAACUGGGCCGAGCCCGUUGGGCCGGCACGGGCCCGGCCCAAGAAAACAUGGCACUAACCCGGUCCGGCCCGGGAGCAUGCGGGCUAGUGCCGGGCCCGUGCCAGGCGUCGGGCCGUGCCUGGGCCGCGAUCACGGCCCGCGGCACUAGCACGGGCCCGGCCCGACAGAGGCGGCGGCACGGGGAGGCACGGCCUCGGCCCGUGAGGCACGGAGGCGGCCCGAUGGGGCACGGCCGCAGCCUCCCCCCUCCUCGGUGACCGUUGGAUCGGCCCAUUGGGGUGGCGAUCUGCCCAUUGGGGGCUGGGCUAUAUAAGCCCCGGCGCCGGCCGCCCUCCAUCCCAACCCUAACCCUGAUUCAUUUGCUCCCCCCGGCAGCCGCUCGCCUCACCUCUCUUCUCCAGACUCUCCUCUCGUCUCUGAUCUCUCACCCUCUCGCCUCACGGCCUCUCCCCUCGUCUUCCCGAGCUCCGGUGAGAGGCCGGGGCCUGGUGCCGGCACUAGCAGACGGCACGGCCUUGGAGACCCAUCAUCUCGAUCUCGCACAGACCAUGUAGCGUCCUCAUCUUCUUGUCGUCCUCCUCGUCAUCUCCAUCGCCAUCGCCGCCACCGGACUCUGGUACUCCGGAUCCGGAUCUAGCAUGUAGAAGGGAUCCGUUGAGGAACCAGGGCCGGAGGCGGAGGGCUGGAUCCGUGCUUCAUCCACGGCGCCGGUGCACCUAGUGCUCCAGCUACAAAGCUGUUGAGGAACCAAGUCACUGACGCUUGAGCAUGGCCGGAUCUGACGAAGAGACGGUGGAGGUGGGCAUGAACGAGGAGCGGCGGUUGUGCGGCUUGGCCGGAGAUGACGACGAGGACAACAUGGAAGAGGACCGCGCGGCCCUAUUCGGUGCAACCGCUGAUGAUGCUAUUCCCGUCGACGGCGACGGUGAACACGUUGAGGAACUACCUGCACCUGACGGUAACUCCGCCAAACGCCCACGCCCCUCUACCUCUCCUGUCUGGGCUGACUAUGAGAAACUAUUCAAGGAAAUCAAAGGUAAGACGGUCAGGUAUGGAGCUCGAUGCCUUCACUGCUCUAAGGUCUACUCUGCUUUCUCUAGUGGUGGCACUGGUCACUUAUCCCGGCAUAUUUUAGUUUGCGUUAAGAAGCGUUCCUGUGUCUACCAUAUCUUCAGAAUCCACUUUUAGUAUGACUGGCAGGAUUAUCGAGGAGCGGCGAAGGAGUUUGAAGCCUGAAAUGGUGGAGAUGCUGACCUGCAUCAAAACUGGGAGGCUGCAGAAGCAAGACUACAACAGAAUGUGGAGGGCAAGGAGCUUGAGGAAGCUUUUGAAGAACUUUAUCUUGAUUCAUGAUCAUUUAUGUAAUGGCCUGUAAUAUUUAGGACUUGGACUCUAGAACUUUAAGUUUGAACUGUGAUGUAAUGAACUAUUUAAUUGGAGCUUGGUUGUACUCU